CCGCGGGCCCGGUGCCGUUGCUGUUUCCACUUCGCAGAUUGGUGUUUGUAUUAUCAUGUUGGCGCAAAGCAGUUUGCUUCUGCGGUCGAGCACUCGCCGGCGCCACGGAGCGAGCAGACGUGUGAACUAUGUUACUUUGCACCUUGCUAGCGCCUAGCACAUAGCGCCUGCCGACUGGAUGGUUCCUGCUACAGUAGUGCUAGUUCACUGUUCUAGCGCUAUCUCCUUCACGUUUUGGUGUGCUAGCUGGCUCUCUCCCGCCCGUAGAUCUACUGCAUGUGCAGGGUUGGGCUGCAGCCUGUGCAGGAGGUUACUCUUGCCAGUCUUGGAAUCUCUCGCGAGUGUCGGUCGUGGCGUGUGGCGUGCGCUAGGCACUUGUGACUUAGCACCUAGCCACAGCGUAACGUUUACUAGCCAAGACUGCAAGAGCGGUGACGACCUGCCCAUACCGCCAGAUACAGUUCGUGCGCAUACAUAUACAGCAGACAAAGGCGACGGGGAAGCCCACCAGCACCACCACCAGCAGCACCACCAGCAGCAGUAUCACGCAGAAUGGACUUCAACGACGAGUGGUACACCCGCGAUCGCAAUGCUCCAUUCGACCCCAUGGGAGGGCCCUCUGCAGUCGCUAGAAAGAAACAGAAGGGUAACCAUGGUAACAACCGCUACCUGGAUCCAGAGGACGAUGACUGCUACGCAGAUCUCUACGGCGAUGACGUCCCCAAGGGAGACGGCGUCGUUGAUAUGAUGAUACGAAUGAAUGCGCCGUUGCGCCUGGUGACACACGAGGCCGUGAAGCGAGACAUGAUGAGGCAUCUUCAUUACUUUAACAACAUGGAAGCGCUCAAGUCGUUGGCCGCGUCGCGUAGAAACCUGGACAAGCUCCAGAAAUGGCAACCGAAACCCACCGUGCUGGCACAGCUGAAAGGCUUUACAAUCGAGCAAACCCUGGAAAUGUGUAGGGCCGUGGCUCGCAGUGAGCUGAGGGAGAUCGAGGCGGAGGUCAAGCGCGUUCAAAGACAACGGGAACCAGGGAAACGGUGCGACAACUCCAAGCGCUGUAUGCCUCAUAUGGGCCAGUUCCCGCCCUGGCAGAUAACCGGGAUCAGCCCCUGGAAGCCUGGCGUCCCGGACGGCACACCCAAGGACAUAGCCCAACAGCUGAAGAGGAAAGAGGAGGAGAAACGUUUGGCCAAGAGGAAGAACUGGAUGAACGAGGAGCCAUCCGACAUUAAGUACUCCAUAUGGCGGACAAAACAUCGGAAAAAGACGUGUCACUGUACAGACCUACCCGAGUCAUUCGACCCCAGCGGUCCAAGUCCAGCUACGUACAAACCCCGGAAGGUUGAAGCUCGCAUACCUGCACCUCUGCCGUACAUCCACCGUCACGCUAAACACCCAGAAAUGCUGCAGUUCCAGCAGAAGCAAGAGCAACAUCCGUGGGUCAGGGACAAGCAAAUCUACAGGACAUAGUGUGCAAUACCUAUAGAAGAGUGUACAUGUGUGUGUGUGUGUGUGUGUGUGUGUGUGUGUGUGUGUGUGUGUGUGUGUGUGUGUGUGUGUGUGUCAGUACGUGUGUGUGCGUGUGUGUGUGUGUGCGUGCGUGCGUGCACGCGUGCGUGCGUGUGUGUGUGUGCAUGUGCACGACAACUAUCCCACCCCAGUCUGUACUAUAGACAACACAUCACGCUGUCUAGCUAUAGACUGACUGGGCAACUUCAGUAUGGCAUGUACUCGCAAGCAGUUCAGCAUGACUGCCUCUUCUGCUGUGCUGUAUAGUGUACGGUCUGCGAGCAACAACUGUGAUAUCACAGUGUUCAUGACUAGUCCGUGUACUGAACGUUGAUCAUUGUAUUGUGUUGUUAUUCCAUUAUUCAGUUUAUUGGUCUGCGGCAACAGCGAGACACUUUUAGAUCUAUUACGUAUGCAAGAGGUACACAAAAAAAUAGAGCUUUUCGUUGUGGCUCAGAGUUUCAGCUUGGGAGUUUCAGAGGUUUUAGUCUAUUAUGAUUUCGAUCUCAGUUUUAGAAGUGUCAAGUCAGCCGGCAGGAAGUGUGAGCUCCGUCGUUCGGUGCAGACACUUUCUUUAUGGUUUGUUCUCAAGUAUUAAUUUUUUAAAUGCAGUACAUUUACAGGUAUAGGUGUAUUUUUCGGAAGUACUGGUGCA